UCUGCUACUUUUUGGGAUGUCGGAUCGGUUAUUAAAAAAUAGCAGAAUGGUGUAUCUUCUAUGAGUGAGACCUUCUGCUUAAUUUAAAUAGUAUUUCAGAUAUUUUUUAGUGAUAUUUUGUUGAAUAUUGAUCGGAAUGGCGUCAUCUUCGAAUGUGAACGGAAAUAUUGUAGAUGAGCUUGAAGAAGCAUUUCAGUCAUGCAUUCACGCGCUUACAAAAGAAGAGUCGGCUACCGGUGUAGACAAGGAUGAAAUAAAAUUAGAAGUUGAUCAGACGACCCUCAAAUUUAUCGAUUUGGCACGACAAAUGGAAACAUUCUUUUUGCAAAAACGUUUUUUGCUAUCGGCCUUAAAACCGGAUCUUUUGCUAAAGGAGGAAAACUUUGAUCUCAAACAAGAAAUUGCUCGAAAAGAUGAGCUGAUCCGAAAGCACUACGACAAAAUUGAGUCUUGGAAAAAUUUACUUUCGGACCAGCAAAAUUACAACAAACCGAUUCAAGCGCUUCCUCCAGAACUGCGUAGUAAUCUUGCAGGUGGAGCUCCAGGUGGACCGGGAAUGAUGCCGGGUGGAAUGCACAUGACAAUGCAGAAUUCGAUGCAAGUACAGCAAAUGCAAGCGCAGCAGCAGCAGAUGCAAAUGAUGCAAGCGCAACAAAUGCAGCAACAGAUGCAAUCAAUGCCCAUAGGUGCCAAUCCACAACUUUUCUCACAAUCUGGUGGUGGACGAGGUGUUGGUGCUGGGGGGCCUGGUGGCUUCCAACAAAGUCCCAAUCUUCAAGGACCCUUGGCCUAUCUGGAGAAAACCACUAGCAAUAUAGAUCUAGUUGGAAUGGGGGAUGGUCGAAGGUGACGCGGGCGGGGCAGGGGGCGCGGAAGAGGCCGCGGUCGUGGCAGAGGCCGCGGACGUGGAAAUGCUCCCGAGUUUCAUAGCGGAACGUUAUCUUGAGAAAGGAUCACGACUUUGCCACGGUAGGCGUCGUCAUUAGUUUAUAUUACAAUAUACAAACAACAUUGUCCACUCUAAAAGCAGCAAAAAAUUAACCUUAGCAAUCCAAUGCUCCUUCAACCUGUUAAACAAAGCUAUCGUUUUUGGCCUCUAUAUUCCUUUAAAAAAAUCUAAACGAAGAAUACAGUUAAUCCAAACACGGGCAGCCAGAAAGAGACACGUUUAAGAAAGGAAACAACAAUUACCAAAUUGCUCUGAAUUGAAUUGUGAAUCGGUUGUGUGUUGUAGUGUAAGUCUAAUACCUUGUCAUGAUCAUUUUCAAAAAUGAAGAUAAACAAACGUAAUGCUGUGGGGCGCUUGAACCCGAUUUAAAAUAAGAAGAAAGAGAUGUUAACGUUGAAUUCAGAUUACAGACAAAAGUAUUCAAUCAUGCGUGAGAGGUAACUUUGAUAUACUCUAGAGAGAUGCGGUUAGUUUUGUUCAACGGCAAAACAAACGGCAACAGAAAAAAUAUUGCAAUUGAUUUUUAUAUAAGCCGUUAUAUGAGUUGUGUACAGAUCACGGAUAGUUUUCUUCGUUUCGUUUCGAAUGUCACUCAUUAAGCACGAUGUCCAGUUUCACCCUGCUAUUUCUGGGCCAAUAAUUUUUUCCUGCUUUUAAAUCUCUGGACAGUAAGCAACUCUGUAAUAGUAGGAGUUGAGGUUUGUCCUAAAUAAUAUUAAUAAAGUAAAUAUAUGUGUCGUAAUUACAAAAAA